UCGUUCAUAAACAUCAAUCCAAGCGUAACGGGUGUGCAUUUCUUUGGGAAAAUAAUUGUAUUAUUAUGGCGUUAAAUAUGCGGCAUUUAACGCUUUUUCUGUGCAUAACUACUAGUGUCCUGGCACAGAGGACGCCGACCAUCUCGCACAUCACGCAGGAGCAGAUCCGUGACAUCGGGGGCCAGGUGGACCUCGACUGCUCCGUGCACUACGCGCAGGAGUACCCCGUGCUAUGGGUGAAGUACGACCGUCACAAGUCGGUGGAGUCCCUGCCGCUGUCCACCAACUCGGGGCUCAUCAUCAAGGACUCCAGAUUCUCCCUCCGGUUCGACGUGGCUUCGGCUACUUACACGCUUUCUAUCCGUGACAUCCAAGAGACGGACGCGGGCUGGUACCAGUGCCAGGUGCUCAUCUCCGUCUCCAACCGCAUCACUGCUGAAGUAGAACUGCAGGUGCGUCUGCCCCCCAUCAUCUCUGACAACUCCACGCGGUCUCUUGUCGCCAGCGAGGGAGAGAGUGCUCAAAUGGAGUGCUACGCGGGCGGGUUCCCGCCGCCGAAGAUGUCGUGGCGCCGCGAGAACAACGCCAUCCUGCCCACCGGGGGGUCCAUCUACAGAGGCAACAUCCUAAAAAUCGCCGCCGUGCACAAAGAGGACCGCGGCACGUACUACUGUGUGGCCGAGAACGGCGUGGGCAAGGGGGCCCGCAGGAACAUCAACCUCGAGGUGGAGUUCGCGCCCGUCGUGUCCGUGCCGCGACCGAGACUCGGUCAGGCUCUCCAAUUCGACAUGGACCUCGAGUGCCACGUGGAAGCCUACCCCCCGCCCGCCAUCGUGUGGCUCAAGGAUGAGGUGCAGCUGUCCAAUAACCAGCACUACAGAAUAUCCCACUUCGCGACGGCCGACGAGUUCACGGACACCACCAUCCGCGUCAUCACCAUCGAGAAGCGCCAGUACGGCGUGUUCACGUGCAAGGCGCAGAACAAGCUGGGGUCCGACGAGGGACAGGUCGAGCUGUUCGAGACCAUCAUCCCGGUGUGCCCGCCGGCGUGUGGGACGGCUCGGUACGGCGCCGCGGCGGCGGUGGCGCCCUCUGCCGGCACCGUGGCGGCGUGCGCGGCGGUGUAUGCCGCUUAUGUGUUCAGGAGAAUCGCUAAUACCAGACAUUAACUUCGCUGGUCUCCGCCCGGAUCCACUCUACGGGUUCAGCAAGACUGCCUCCACUCACCAUAUCACUGCUGUGCCUACCCUGCUGGGGAUCGUCCUAGCACUGUACUGAAGCUCCAGUAGACCAUUGAAUGUACGGAUUUUGUCUUAGAGGUUACUUUCUAAACCGACGAAAGAACUAACGAGAAUUGUCACGCAAUAGGCAAACUUACAACGAGCCUAUUCUAUUCUACUCUCUGUGGGGGUGUAAGUACCUGCACCUGGCUCUCUCGAAUGGAACCUUUGUGCAUAUUUAUCCCCAAGGUCUAAACUGACUAAAUAUACUAUAUACUGAUAUAAUAAUACAACAAGAUAGAACCGUGGAUAGCACAGCGCUCCGAAGCAAAACUGCAGCGCCAUCCACGACUCUAUGUCAUUGUAUUAAGCAUACGGAUUGCGAGACAAAUCCUGUUAGUUCAUCGGUUUAAAUAAAGGCGCCCGCACCGUAAACAAGACACGACGUCGCGUCGAAAAAUCUGCAACUGUUUUGACAGCAAAUUAUUAGGGUGAGGCCCCAUAGGUGCGUUACAAUGCGUUGAGUCGCGUCGUCCCAUAGGUAAGGUUUUAAAAAAAUACAUGGCAGUGACGCAACGCACCAAUGGGGCCUCGCCCUUACUGUCCUUAAUGCCACGUCAAGUUUCACCGUACAUUAGCAUUUAUAUCAACAUUCCAAUGACAAGAAUUCAUCAAUAUUUUUUUUAAACAUACUUGCAUUUCCAUAUUUUUAAAACAUGAGCUAGUUUGAGUCCGUACAAAUAAGUUGGAAUUAAGAACGAAUUUUACACUAAACUGAAAUCGUUAUUUUACGGUCACAAAAACAAUUAAAAAAAACUAGUACAAACUGCUAAAAGAAGAGAAAUAUUUCUCAUAACUAAAGAUAAGUAAUGUACUUAUAGAAUACCUAAGAGAUAGUCGCUACACGGGUUCGUUAUCGACGUCGAUAAACUCAUAUAAUGCGCGCUACACCAGUCACAUUACCGUACUUAUGGCGAAUCGCGAUAUAGUGACGUCUAUCUGUGUCGAUAACGAACCCGUGUAGCGAUAGAUGAUAUUCUUAUUGUAUUCACAAUUUACAUUGACAUGUUUUAAUAUAAUUAUGAUCUAGAACUUUCGAUUCGUAUGUUUUACAAUACCGAAUUCAACAAUAUUUUAUUUAAAGCAAUAAGUGAAUAACGUAUCUAAGCAUAAAUGAUUUCGUACUGACAUUUUGUACUUUUUGAUAACAUUAGUUGGUAAGUAGAUGUGUUUAAAUUAAUGUCUAGAACUGGUAUAGCAAUAAUACAAAGUUGUAAACUUACUCAUUGUUUCCAAAAACCUUCUUUUUCUGCCGUAAAAAUUUCA